GGCUAGCACGGCGGCUAGCAUCUUUUCCUCACAGACGCACCGGUUCCAUCACCAUUACGGUGCUGUUUGACGAUUAAAAUAAAUCGCAGGGACAGAAGUAUAGCCAAUCAAUUAUCAAACAUCUGAAGAUGAUUAAGCUCUUUUCCCUGAAGCAGCAGAAGAAAGACGAGGAAUCUGCUGGAGGAAACAGAACAGGAGUCGGGGGGAAAAAAGCCAGUGCGGCCCAGCUCCGCAUACAGAAAGACAUCAAUGAGUUGAACCUUCCAAAGACGUGCGAGAUCAACUUCUCUGAUGACGAUGACCUUCUUAACUUCAGACUCAUCAUCACACCAGAUGAGGGUUUUUACAAAGGAGGAAGAUUUGUUUUCAGCUUUAAGGUAGGACAGGGUUACCCCCAUGAUCCCCCCAAAGUAAAGUGUGAGACGAUGGUGUAUCAUCCCAACAUCGAUUUGGAAGGAAACGUCUGCCUAAAUAUCUUAAGAGAGGACUGGAAGCCUGUGUUGACGAUAAACUCCAUCAUCUACGGCCUACAGUAUCUAUUUCUAGAGCCGAACCCUGAGGACCCGUUGAACAAGGAUGCAGCAGAGGUUUUGCAGUCAAGCCGGCGGCUCUUUGAACAGAAUGUCCAGCGCUCGAUGCGGGGGGGCUGUGUGGGAUCCACCUUUUUUGAAAGGUGUCUUAAGUAACUCGGCGUCCCUUUGUUCAACUCGCCGCCCCCUCCCUCAUCUUCACCGCCUCCUCUCAUCCUCUUCUCCCCUCGACUCCACCGCCCUGCUCGCUGGUGGCGGCAAACGGAAGGCAGCACAUCAGCCGCUUUACUGUUUCAAAACAAAAGAUAAAGACGAAG